AGUGAUUUACUUAGCACAGAGUGGCAAGCACUUCUGCAAGACACACUGCGGCUGACUAGUCUGUGCCUAACUCGGUGUACAUUUCGGUUUUUUUCCCUCAAGUCUUAGUGCUUCUAGUGUAAUUAUAAUCAUCAUGGACCACGAUCCUAACGAUCCCGUAGCAAUGCUACGAAUUGAUAAAAAGGCUAUGAUGUCUGCUAACAAGGAGUUCGAAACCAAGAAGUGGGUUUGGGUGACUGAUGAGAAGGAGGGUUACAAGGCUGCUGAAAUCAAAGGUACCAAGGGAGAUACGCUGAUGGUUGAAACCAACGAUGGAAAGGAAAUGCAAGUCAAAAAGGAUGAUACCGAACAGAUGAACCCGCCGAAAUUCGAGAAGACCGAGGACAUGGCGAACUUGACAUACCUAAACGAAGCUAGCGUUAUUCAUAACUUGAAGCAGAGAUACUACGCCGGUCUUAUUUACACUUACUCUGGACUUUUCUGUGUGGCUAUCAAUCCCUACCGCCGCCUUCCAAUCUACACUGAUGCCGUUGUGUUUGCCUACAGAGGAAAAAGGAGAAAUGAAAUGCCUCCACAUAUCUUCUCUAUCUGUGACAAUGCUUACCAAAACAUGUUGCAAGAUCGUGAGAACCAGUCCAUGUUGAUCACUGGUGAAUCUGGAGCAGGAAAGACUGAAAACACCAAGAAAGUAAUCCAGUAUCUUGCCCAUGUAUCAGGAGGGCUGUCCAAGGCUGACAAAGAACACAAAGAGAAGACUGGAGGUACCCUUGAAGAUCAAGUUAUUCAAACUAACCCUAUCCUUGAAGCUUAUGGUAAUGCAAAGACUAUCAGGAACAACAAUUCCUCGAGAUUUGGAAAGUUCAUUCGCUGCCAUUUUGGACCCCAAGGAAAACUGGCCGGAGCUGAUAUUGAAUCCUACUUGCUUGAGAAGUCCCGUGUCGUCUACCAACAAGAAGGAGAGAGAAACUAUCACAUCUUUUACCAGAUUCUCAAAGGAGCACCCAAAGAACUUAAAGAUGAACUUCUCAUUGAAAGCGGUAGAAAGGAUGACUAUGCCUUCCUCGAGAGGGGCAGUGAAAUAGCUGAGGGAAUUGAUGACGUAGAUGAGUUCCAUACUACUGAGCUUGCGGCUGACACUCUAGGAUUCACAAUAGAAGAAAAGCAUAGUAUGUAUAAGAUUUGUGCUGCUUGUCUUCACUGGGGAAACGCCAAGUUCAAGCAAAGGCCACGAGAGGAGCAAGCAGAAGUUUCUGACCCCAAAGAUCUUGAUAAGGUGUCAUUCUUGAUGAAACUUCCCGGAGCUGACUUUAUUAAGAACAUCAUCAAACCUAGAAUCAAAGUUGGUCGUGAAUAUGUGAACCAAGGACGUAACAUUCAACAGGUUGCCUACUCUAUUAGUGCUUUGAGUAAGAGUUUGUACGAGCGCAUGUUCUUGUGGCUUGUGGAAAAGGCAAACCAGACCCUAAUGACCAGAGACAGACGUGCUUUCUUCAUUGGUGUACUCGAUAUUGCAGGAUUUGAGAUCUUCAAGUUCAAUUCCUUUGAACAGCUUUGCAUCAACGUCACCAAUGAGAAGCUGCAGCAGUUCUUUAACCAUCACAUGUUCGUCCUUGAACAGGAGGAAUACAAAAGAGAAGGAAUUCAUUGGGAGUUUAUUGAUUUUGGUCUUGACUUGCUCCCAACGAUUGAUCUCAUCUUCGCUAAGGGCACUGGUAUUUUUGCCAUUCUUGAGGAAGAAUGCAUUGUGCCUAAAGCCUCUGACCAGACAUUUUUGGCCAAGCUGAACUCUACCCAUGACGGCAAAUCUGUAAAGUUUGGAAAACCAAAGAUCAGUGGAAAGAAAACUCUUAACUAUCACUUCGAAGUCCACCAUUACGCUGGCACUGUUGGCUACAACGUUGACAACUGGCUUGAUAAGAACAAGGACCCCAUUAAUGAGGCUGUUGCUUCUAUCUUCGCCAAGUCCGGCGAUCCAUUUAUUGCACAUUUGUGGAAGGAAUAUGCCACUGAAGGUCACAGAGGAAAAGGUGGAUCUUUCCAGACUGUCAGUUCCAAACACAAGGAACAACUGACCAAGUUGAUGGACACCCUCUAUUCGACCUCGCCUCACUUUGUGCGCUGUAUCAUCCCCAACGAAGUAAAGAAGGCUGGUAUCAUUGACACUAAUCUAGUCCUUCAUCAGCUCAGAUGUAAUGGUGUACUCGAGGGCAUCCGUAUUUGCCGUAAAGGAUUCCCCAACAGAAUUCCUUUCCAGGAGUUCAAGCAGAGAUACCAGAUUCUUGCUCCUACCGCCGUGUCUGGACAGUUUAUGGAUGGAAAGAAAGCUUGCGAGAAGUUGUUAGGUGCCUUGCAAUUGGAAGAGAAUGAGUACAGGAUUGGUGCAACCAAGGUGUUCUUCCGUGCUGGUGUUCUAGGUCAGCUUGAGGACUUGCGUGACGAAAGGCUUGCCAAAAUUAUUUCCAUGUUCCAGGCUUAUUGUAAGGGUUUCCUGAUGCGUAAAGAGUACCGCAAGAUGUGUGACCAGAGGAUUGGAAUCUCAGUUAUACAGAGGAACGUCCGAAAGUAUCUGUACCUGAGAAACUGGAACUGGUGGAAACUUUAUACCAAAGUAAAGCCUCUAUUGCAAGUCGCACGUGCUGAUGAAGAAAUGAGACAGAAGAUUGAACAGAUGAAAGAAACUGAAGAAAAGCUGGCCAAGGAGGAAGCACUGAGAAAAGAACUUGAAGAGAAAUACACCAAACUUGUUGAAGAGAAGAAUCUACUCUUCCAAGAUUUUCAGAGAGAACAAGAUUCCGCCGCUGAUGCCGAAGAGCGCAAUUCUGCUCUGGAAAACAAGAAGAACGACUUAGAAGCUCAGUUGAAAGAAAUGCUGGAACAACUCGAAGACGAAGAGGAGGCUAGCUCGGAAUUAUCAGCAGCAAAACAGAAACUGGAGUCUGAAAUCAAAGAAAUGAAACAAGACAUCGAAGAACUCGACUCCGCUCUCAAAAAGGCUGAGGAAGAAAGCAAACAAAAGGAUAAAAAUAUCGAACAGCUUAACGAAGAAUUACAACAGCAAGAUGAAGCCAUUGCCAAACUUUCAAAAGCAAAGAAAGGCGUGGAAGAGCAAUGUCAGGAACUGGAAGACUCCUUACAAGAAGAACAAAACAAAGUCAACCAUCUUAACAAAGUUAAAGCCAAACUUGAACUACAGCUUGACGAGACACAAGCCUCAUGGGAUAGGGAAAAGAAACUACGAGCUGACGUCGAGAAAGUAAAACGAAAAGUUGAAGGCGACCUUAAGAUGACCCAAGACACAUUAGAAGAAGUCAGGACUGAAAAACAAAAGACAGAGGAUGAGCUGAAAAAGCGCGAACAGCACAUUUCGUCUUUGAAUGUCAAAAUCGACGAUCAGUCUAGUCUUAUCGAAUCCCUCAAAAAGAAAAUCAAACAACUCGAGGCUCGUAUCGAGGAACUGGAGCAAGAACUCGAACAAGAAAGAAGUAAUCGCAGCAAGUCUGAACGUGCAAGACAAGAACUCGAGCAAGAGUUAGAUGACCUGAAUGACAGACUAGAUGAAGCAGGCGGUGCCACCGCAGCUCAGUUGGAACUCAACAAAAAACGAGAGCAAGACAUUGUCAAGCUUCGUAAGGACUUGGAAGAGCAAUCACUCGCCAAUGAAGAGACCAUCAACAGCAUGCGCUCAAAACAGAACCAAGCGUUACAAGAGCUACAAGACGAGCUUGAUAGUGUCAAGAAAUCCAAGUCAAAACUCGAAAAAGAAAAAGCAUCCUUACAGAACGAGGGAGACGAGCUUGCAGUGGCCGUCGAAAAUUUCCAAAAACAAAAGUUGCAACUUGAAAAGAACAACCGCGCCCUUAACGAUCAGCUCAACGAAGCAAAAGCACAGAAUGACGAACUAAAGAAAACUUGCAGCGACCUCGAAAUUAUCAAAGGACGCAUCACCCAGGAGAACGUAGAAGUCACCCGACAUCUCGAGGAACAAGAGUCCAAGAACUCACAGUUGAUGAAAGCUAAGAAAAAUCUCGAACAACAGAUGGAAGAACUCAAGAAACAGCUGGAAGAUGAAAUGCGGGGUAAAUCCGAAGCCAUCAACAGACUGAAGAACCUCGAGGCUGACUAUGACACUCUACAAGAAAAUUUUGAAGAAGUCGAAGAUGGCAAGGCUGAUAUCCAGAAACAACUUUCUCGAGCAAAUGCAGAACUGCAGUCAUGGAAGAACAAAUAUGAACAAGAAGGAAUUGCUAAACUUGAAGAAUUAGAGGAUUCUAAACGAAGGAUGGCUGCAAAACUGCAAGAGACUGAAGAAGCCUUGAAUGCUGCUCUUGUUAAGGCUCAAAGUUCUGAGAAGGCAAAGAACAGGCUUAAUGGCGAGCUUGAGGAUGCCCUUAUUGAUUUGGAGAAGGCUCAAACCCACAAUUCUGCCCUUGAGAAGAAGCAAAAGAAAAUCGAUCAAGAAAUCAAUGAAUGGAGGUCCAGGCUUGAUGAUCUCCAAAUAGAACUGGACAAUGCCCAGAAAGAAGCCAGAAGCUACUCUACCGAGAUGUACAGAUACAAGAACACUCUUGAGGAACAAAAUGAACUUCUUGAAGCUUUGAAACGCGAAAACAAAAGCCUCCAAGGUGACGUCCAUGAUCUGCAAGAACAACUUGGUGAGGGUGGUAGGAAUACUGUUGAGCUCGGAAAACUAAGGAAACGUUUGGAGAUGGAGAAGGAAGAGCUCCAGACCGCCUUAGAGGAAGCCGAAGGUGCCUUGGAAGCCGAAGAAGGCAAGGUUCUUAAGGUACAACUUGAGCUGACCCAAGUCAGGCAAGACUUUGACCGCAAACUGGCUGACAGGGAUGAGGAGAUUGACAACCUAAGAAAGAACCAACAACGUCAACUUGAUGCUCUUCAAGGAUCCCUUGAUGCUGAAGUCAAAGCCAAAAACGAGCAGGCUCGUCUCAGGAAGAAGUUCGAGAGCGACUGCAUUGAACUUGAGAACAACGUUGAGAACUUGAUGAAGGCCAACCAAGAAUACCAGAAGAACAUCAAGAAACAACAACAGCAAGUGAAAGACUUGCAAGUCAUGGUUGAGGAAGAACAACGUGGUCGUGAUGAUGCCCGAGAUGCUGCUUCUCGUGCUGAACGCAAGGCUGCAGAACUUAAUUCUGAGUUGGAGGACUUGAGAAAUCAACUUGAGCAGGCUGACCGUGCACGCCGCGCUGCUGACCAAGAGAGAACUGAGGCAACAGACCGUCUCUCUGAACUCACUAACCAAGUCAACGGCCUUCAACAAGCCAAGCGCAAACUUGAUGGACAAGUCAACACCAUGCAGGAAGAGCUGGAUGAGGCAGAAAACGAGGCUAAAGCAGCUGAUGACCGUGCUAAAAAGGCGGCUGCAGAGCUUCUCCGCGUCCAAGCCGAGCUUCUUGCUGCUCAAGACGCCGCUGGAGCAGCUGAGCGUUCUCGCUUAUCUGCAGAACGCAUGCAGAAAGAUCUGCAACUUAAGAUUGAAGAGCUCGAAGCUGCUGGUGGAAAGGCGCUAAAGAACCAGAUCAAGAAACUCGAACAGAGGGUCAAAGAAUUAGAACGCGAUCUGGAAGGAGAGGCCAAGCGCAGCAACGAAGCUCAGAAGUUGGCAAAGAAGAACGAACGCCGCAUGAAAGAGGUUCAAUUCCAAGCCGACGAGGACCAGAAGAACUUGAGUCGUGCACAGGAGAAUGCCGACAGACUCAACAACAAAAUCAAGAAAAUGCGCGUUGCUGUGGAAGAAGCGGAAGCCCUUGCUGCAUCAAAUCUUGCACGCUACCGCAAGAGCCAGGCCGAACUGGAGGAAGCCGAAGAAAGGGUUGAAACUUUGGAGAGUUCAUUACAGAAGGCCCGUGGUCGUGGUGGCGGACGUUCCAGUGGGGUGAUGAGGACAUCAUCACGAGAGACAUCUCGUAGGGGAUAUUCAGGAAUCAGAAGUGCCUCUUCAACUUCUUUAGAUGACGAUUAGAAAAUAAAUAUUUGAUAAGAAUUCACAUGGACUUUGACGUCUUGAUCAAUGUAAUCAAAUAUGAAGCUUAGCACAAUUUUAUAUCUAUAACGAUUUUCUCUUAGUCUAACCAAUUAAAUUGCAUUUAUAGUCCAAUCCAAUAUAUUUUUGUAUUUCCAAUAAAGUUCAUAAAGUAAUGAGAUGGAGUUUGAUACUUCAUUGUCAUUUUGAAAGAAUGGCCAAUUCUGUGCUGAUCAGAUAUGGGUCAUAUGUAAGGCCUUUUGUUCGUCUUGAUGAUUAUAUAGGUAGUAUUAAUAGUUUCGAAGAUAUUUUCUUAUUCUUAGAUUUGGACAUUUUUUCUUGUUAUUUCCCCCACCCCAACUAGUUGAAGAAAAAGCAUAACCGAGUUUACAUCGCACUAGUGCCCUGUUGCUAUGACAGUGUCAGUCAGUAGUGUUGUAUUAGAAGUGCACUUAUAAAAACAUUUUCUAGUAAUGUA